ACCACAACUCUCACGUCCCUCUCUCUCCUCAGAUCAGAGCCAUGCAGUGCAGAGUCUCAUCUGUUGCCCUGCUCCUUGAGUUCUGGGUGCUCUCUGCCUGUGCACUCCAUCAGUAUCAUCUGAUCAGGCUUGGUAUGACUUGGACUGAUGCCCAGAGCUACUGUAGAGAGCACUUUGUUGACCUGGCGACUGUAGACAGCAUGGAGGACAUGCAGAACAUGUUGAACCAGACAGGUCUUGUCACUGGUUAUGUUUGGACAGGACUGAUUAGAGACAGGAGUGUCAGCAGCUGGAAGUGGUCUCUUUCAGGCAGUCAGUUCUACAGAGAAGGAGAGACGGAGUACAGGAACUGGGCCCAGCCAGAGCCAAUCACAGGCCAGCCCUGCGCUGCACUGGUCAGCAAUGAAACAGGAGUAUGGAGAGACUAUGCAUGUACAAAUACUUACUCUUUUGUUUGUUUUAAUAGUGGUAAGGAUCCUGGCAAGCCAAAGUACAUCCUGAUUCUAGAACCAAAAACUUGGAGAGACGCUCAGCUCUACUGCAGACAGAGUUACACAGACCUGGCCAGCAUCAGGAACCAGGCUGAAAGCAUUGAGAUACAGCAACUUGUUCUGGGAGAGAAUUCAUCUGCCAUCGUCUGGAUCGGUCUGUUCAAAGACGACUGGAAGUGGUCAGACCAGUCUAUCUCCUCCUUCAGAUACUGGUGGAGUGGCAAACCAGAUAAUGGAUAUGACUGUGCAAUGCCACAGAGUGUUUAUUCAUGGAAGUGGGGUAAUGUCCCGUGUUCUCAUUUGGCUUGGUUUGUUUGCCACAAUGGAAGCAUCACUAAGAGGUUAACUGGGAGAGUGGAACUGGUUCCUAAUUCACCUUCAGACUUAGAGGAUCCUGCCAUGUUGGACUCCAUCUUGCAGCAAAUGAAGGCAGCUGGAAGGAUCCCUGAGCACAGCACGCUGAGAUGGAAGAAGCAGAAGGAUGGGAAGGUUUUCCACAAGAAGGAGGAGGAGGGAGGAAGAGGAGACACGUGUCAUUAACAAGUCACAGCUACUAAAUGUUGUUAACUGUCUCUUGUAUCUCUGACAGUACCGAUGAUGUCAAUGACAUUUCUGUAACUAGCAGAUGAUGUCC